AGAACAGUUAGAGAUACAACGUCGUACGUGCAUGUGAAAUCUUCGCCGAGCUAAUCUUCAAACGCAAUUUGAAGAAAACAAUGCGACUGUUUCUUUAGUGUAAUUCGAUUCCAUUCAAUGUAAAUACAUCACUACACCUAACUGUCUAUCGCGAAAGUGUAAUGAAAGUGAUAAAUUAUAGAAGAAAUAGGUUCUAUCUAUGACAAUUGCUUGUAGAAUUUACGAUGAGACACGUCAUAAAAAUAAGAAAAUUAAAUUAAUGCGAGAAACGUGCCAAUUUUGUAAUAGUUGAUAAAAUCGAAUAAACUUUCGUAAAAUUUUCAAUUAAAAAACAUCGAUAAAAUAUAAUAUGAUUUAGUAUAUUCUUUUUACUUUGCUUCAAACAAAUUAUUCGUUAAUUUAUUAUUUUCUUUUCUAUACUUAAUAUUAUAAUUGAUCAGCACAUUCGUGGACAAUUAAUCCCUGAAGGGAGCCAUACAUACGAUACGCGUACAUGUAUAUGUACAUGUUGUUUUAUUCAAGCAUGAUUCCAAAGAUAUAUAAUAGCCAAAUAUGUACAAUAACGUACAACAUUUUUCUCAGAUAAUUAAAAAUAUCCUCCAAUAUCGAUCCAACUCAUCAAAUAUCUGUAAAUAUGAUUCAAGUAAAUAUUAUCUAAUUUAAAUAAAUUUACCCUGAAGGAGGUUAAACGUUAUAUGAGACCGGUUAUAUCAAACAACGUAAAGCGAGACUCGUAUGACUUUUUCCACACAAAUAAUCGAUACAAAAAGGAAAGCUCUCCAAUCAAAAUAACCAACCAGCUUCACCUACAUCCGAGAACGUACGAGUAUCAUCGGGGAAUCUGUCCGUGUACGCAAAUCCUAAAUUAAAUCGCCAAUUUCGCGUCAUUUACACAAACAUCGUAUGAAAACACCUCGAAAAUAACCUCUCAACGGUUCUAACCUUUACCCCAUCGCCCUCCCCGUCCCCAAAAUAUUAAAUCACCGACUGUACGAAGGAAUCGUUGGCGGAAGAACGGCACAGUGUGUUAUAACGGUGAUCGAGCGAAAUUCGAAUUUUUCCGUGAACUAGUCUAAAUGAAUACGAGCCUGCGCAACAGACGCUAUCGGAAGAUUCGCCGCGAGAGGCGCGGCGUCGCGACGCAAGCAUGUGCCGCAGAUUAUGCCGCAUUGCCACAAGCGUACGGCACCGGUCGGACGACGAUCGUGUCGUCGGGAUAACGCUCGGAAAAAUAGUCAAGCGAAUGAGCGAAUCGCGAACAGGUUAAACGCGAGACGUCCUCACGAUGCGCCGUCGAGGACGUCGUCGACGAGACAACUGGUAAAGAAAGGGAUACAUCGAACGCGAACGACGACAUCGCAGAUAUUGACGAAUAUUCCGGAGCGAGUAAACGAAAGAGAGAAAAAAGAGGACAGAAGAAACGUGAUAAAUAUUCUUCGACUUACCCUGAACAGAAGAAAACCUCAGGAUCAUGAACGUCCGACGAUUGCCUGGUUUCAUGUACCACUACAAGGUGAUCACGAUGCUCCUCUUCACGACCAUGGUUCUCGUUGUCUACCUUCUCCUUCACUGGGGUAUUAUGUGCACGAACCUUGAAGCUUGGCGGCACGUAUCCAACGUGUGCAGCACGCACAAAAAAGGAGCUGCAAUAGGAAUUCUCUGCGACCCGCUAUGCUCGGAAAGAGGGAUUCACUCGCUCGCAUGCGAAACUCUUCACGCUGGCAAAGAAGCGGUUUUCUCGGCCCACUGGGAGACGACCCGACUUGUGUUCAAAGCCUCAAGAACGAAGACACCGAUGGAGCAGUACGAGACGUUAUUCUGGACGGACGCGACUGGCAUAAAGCAUUUCCCGUCUGAGACGGACUUCAACACCAUGAUCAAAGAUCUGGUCGUUAGCAAGCUGAACGUGACGCUGUCGCAGCAUCAAUUAGAGAGGCUUGCACGACUUCGUACGCAUCGUGUCGAGACCGAGCCCAGAAGGCGACAGCUCGAGAUGGAAAAUCUCUGGCCGCUGUUACAGGAGAACGAGUACCUGAUGAGCAUACUGUACGAGGACAGGGACAUUUUUCCACAGCUGAUUGGCACAUGCGGAACCUUCUACGCGGUCGAAUACGUACGACCCAUAGAAACACCCACGACAAUCCUUGCUCUGUCCGAUUCGAAACCGGAAUGGGCGAAAAGAUUGAAGCUGGCCGUGAUGAUCCUGGACCUGCUCGAAGAACUCGACACCAACUUUCCUGAGCCGAUCCAUCUGUGCGAUGUGAAGAUAAACCAUUUCGGUUUGCCUCUCGGUGGACAGAAGCUCAAGUUCCUCGACCUGGACGCGGUGUUUCCUAAAACGAUUAUCAGUCGUAUCACCGCGGACGGGAAGAACUGCGAGAAACACGACGACUGCGACUACUUCGACUGCAGGUCCUUCUGCUCGAAGAACAAACGAUGCGAGUCACCGGUCGCCAACAACAAUUUACAAAUCAUCUGCGAGAAAAUAUUUCUCGGUUGGACUCUCUCGGGGACUAUCAUAAUUCCUGGAUUACUCAUGUCGGAGCACACCACCAGUACACUGGCAGUUCUUUUACGACAAUGCGCGAAUCCUGCCAAUGACAUUGAACAUUUACCACGUGCUGCAGUUUCGGAUAAUUUGAAGACACGACUGUACAAUAUGCUGCACGAAAUGGAACAAGAAGUUGCUGCUUCCGUAUAGAAACGUUUUAGUUCGGAAAAAUCACGUAAAUCCAAAGGAUCCUCGUUCAUGAACAUAUAGGUAUAUUUUCAAACGUAUUCGAUCGAAUUAUCAAAGGCUGUUGUUAGAAGAGCGAAUUGUUGAAAUUUAUAAGAAUUUUAUUACACAAGAAGAUAUUAGCGAUCGAAGGUAUAAACAUGAGAACGAUACUUUCGAUGAAUUUCUUGAAAAAUUUGUAAAUAAAACGAGAGAAAUUUUGAAACGUUGAAACUUCUAAGUUUUGAUAAAAUGGUUUAAUUAACACUAUUGCAAUUUUUUAAGAAAUUCGCUGAACAUGUUGAACUACGGGGAGUAUGAUAUCUGGAAAUGAAUAGAUUCAAUCUAUUUUUAGAAUUCAUCAACCCCUACAUUUUCAUAAUUUAACUUUUCGAUUUAAUAUACUUCUUGAAGGAUUAAUGAAAUUUAUUCGAAUGUCUACACGUACUUAAAGGUACCAACCAAUGAACAUAUAUUUAUUGUAGAGUUUAUUUAUUCUUCUUAUACGUAAUAAUAUUUCAAAUAAACCAAAUUUUACACAAGCGAUUUUAAACAAAUACAUUAACUUUUGAAGCAUGAAGGUACUAACGAUUUUAGAAUGACUAUGAAGUUAAUGGAACGAAGUUAAAUCUCGUUGUCGUUCGAAUAACGGUAUAAGUAUUAAGUUUUCCGAAAAGUUUCUUUCAUUUUAUAAGGAAACGAUAUAUGCACGACAUUUUUUAUUUUAUAUUAUUUUAUUGAAUUACGUAUGGUCCAUUUUGUUCCAAUAGAAACAAAAAAUGUUGUACAUCUACUACUUCCUUACAAAAUGAAAGAAACUUUUGCGACAAGCUAAUAGAAUGUUCGACACGCAUUUACUGAUUAAACAGAAACCCCUAAACGGCUGACGUUUGUAGUCGUUCGUUAAGCUUCAUUGUCACCUCAGCCUGGAAAUUGAUUUACAUUCAUUCGGAGAGUUAAAAAAAAUGAGCGUAGCUCCAUGUAAAAUAUAAAAUAUGCGAGAAUCGAAAUGAACAAUCGGGAAAUAUCUAACUUUCUACGAAUCCAAAGAAACGAAAAUUAACAAAUAAUCUUUGUACUCGGAGAAUAUAAUAAAAUAAGCGACCACUAGAGGCUAGUGAUAGUAAUAAGAAUAGGAAAAGAAAUAAUAUUAUUAACAACGAGCACAAAUACCAACUACCUUACACGUAAUUGUAGCCUUACUUAUGUACUUUAAAUUAAACAUUCGAUACGCUUAGAUAGAACUUGAAGAUAGGUAUAAGAAUAUUGUUAUUUUUACAUAUAAUACUGUUAUUUGCAUAUUAUUUGUUUUAGUGGAAGAAUUAUUGCUCACCUUAGUUUUGGAAGUAAAUAAUUAUUACCUUAAAA